AAUGAAUCAAUGAUCACAUCAGCUACCAGUGAGGAAGCAAACAUUGUUACAGAGAUAAAAACACCAAAAGAGGUAAUAUCAGGUAACCCUGGAGCUCUUGAUUCAUCUCUUUCUUCUUUCAAUGGAUCAAUCAAGAUCAAAUAAUUUUUUAACAAAGAUAACUAAUUUUCCACUAACCCCAUAUCCUUUUUGGAAAGCGAUGAUACGAAGAAGAAAAGGGUGAUAACAAGAGUUGUGUAUCCAUUGGCAUUAGUGAAACUUGGAGGGCUUGAAGGCGACAUGACCCUAAACGACAUUAACAAAAAAAUUCUAAUGCCACCGACAAGACUGGUAAGGAACCUAGCAAGGGACUUUGCUUGUAGGCCAUGCGUAUCUGCCGAUAGUCCUGGCCUUUCUGGAAAAGCCGUGGUGACCCUUACCAAAAUACACACUCAAGGAAGAAGCAUGAUCACUAUUAUUAGAACCAAAGGUUAA